AUGAGUGCGAUAUCCGUAAACAACGUGACGUUUAAGUACAGUAAGCAAAAUGUGCUUGAUAACUUUUGCGCCCAAGUGAACGCCGGUGAAAUAUACGCGUUACUGGGACCUAGCGGUGGCGGUAAAACCACCUUGCUACGAAUGAUACUAGGUCGGAUUAAGUUGCAACAAGGUUUCAUCAGUGUGUUCGGCCAAAGGCCCGGUGCCGCCAACGACCGGAUCAGUUAUAUGCCUCAGAAUAGCGCCCUCUGUAUGCAGUUCACAGUCGCCCAGACUUUGCAGUAUUUUAUGCAUAUCUAUCGUAUAUCCAGCAAUGAGUUUUCAAACAGGUACGCAAAACUUCAAAAACUACUGGAGCUCCCGGCAAACGAGUGCGUUAUAAACAGCCUGAGCGGUGGUCAGCAGCGGCGCAUAUCCCUGGCCUGUGCCCUACUAAACCACCCGUCCCUCGUCAUACUGGACGAGCCCACGGUGGGCAUCGACCUACUCAUCAUACACAACAUAUGGAAGUACCUGAAUAUGAGGUGUCGGGAGGGGCUUACCAUACUGUUUGUCACCCACUAUAUCGAAGAGGCGACUAACGCCCACAAAGUGGGUCUCAUGAGGAACGGGAGGCUAUUGGCGGAGGAAAACCCGCGUAAACUGUGCGACGAUUUUGGCGAGAAGUCGUUGGAAAGUGUUUUCCUAAGACUCUGUUUGUUAGACAAUAAUUGUCACCGAAAUGUGAACUCAAAUACAAAUAAUAAUUAUAAUCACAAUAACGAUAAGAAUAUUCUUAACAAGAAUAACGAGAAUAAUAUUGACAAGAAUUGUCACACAAAUACCGUUAAUAACGCAAACAUCUAUAACAUAAAUAACGGGAUUGUCGUGAAUAACAACUACAAGAAUAUUCUGUAUACUAAUAAUAAUAAUAAUAACGAUAAUAAGGUUUACGCGGAAAACUACCAGAAUUUGUGCGCCGACUUUGACUCACAACCGAAACCCAAACCCAAACCAAAUCGGGUGUUAAAUCCACUCAAAUCACUGGACGAGCAAAAGUCGCUGAUCGAUACCCUGGUGUUUAACCUCUGGAUUAUCGUCAUAUUAAUCAAACGCAAUGCACUGAAGUAUAUGAACAUGUCGUGCGCCCUGAUAUGUAUACUACUGCCGGCCACUCAGGUAGUCAUCUACUGCCUGGUCUACAGCCGACCCCUCAUCGAGAUCACGGCCGCCGUAUUCAACGAGGAAAGGCAUGACACGGAGCACCCGGCCUACAGUACGGAGCUGUUGGCCUCGCUAUUACCGGUGGAGCGACACCUGAUUCGGCCGGUUAUGCACCCGACCCUUCAGAGCGCUAUACAGGCGGUGCGAAACGGGUCGGCCGUUGGCGCCAUUUGGUUCAAACAUAACUACUCGGACUCAUUGGACGACAGACUGGACGACCCUAUGGGCGAUGACCUGGAUGUCAGUGUCUACGACACCAGCGCUGUGCACACGUACCUCGACAACAGUCACAUCAUGUUUGGCAACGCAUUCACGCACUCACUCAGUGAGAGUGUACUGAAGUUCGUGACUAAACUCACGCGUGACCGCAAUCUCACGGCCAUUGAGAUACCGAUAACGGUCGAGAAGACUGUCCAAUCGGAAAGCCUACUGAUUAAGGACACCGGCCUGUCGGCGAACCUCAUAUUUUACGUAUACUUAUCGCAAAUAGUCUUAUCGUCUCUCGUGUUGACUCAGGAGCGUAAGGACGGCCUGUUUGAGAGGUCCCUCAUAGCCGGGGUUAGCCAUCAUUUGGUACUCGUAUCGCAUUUGUGCACCAAUUUUGUCAUAUCAUUGGUGCAAAUACUGCUUAUGUAUGGGACGGCCUUCUGGGUGUUCGACGAGGUCAACAACAACGGCUCCGGGUGUCUGAUCGUCGCCUACCUGACCACCGAAGCACUCAAUGCCAUAACAUCAGGACUACUGAUAUCGGCGGCCCUUAAGGAGGAAUACCAUUGUCUCAUAAUUUUGGGCUUUUUAUGCGCCCCACAGCUGUUCACUUCCGGUAUGUUUUGGCCCCUGGAGUCGUUGGACAGGUAUCUCCGAUACGCCAACUUGUGUAGUCCAUUGGCCAUACCUGUGGAGACUAUGAGAAAUAUUAUAUUGAGGGGCUGGCAGUUUAGUAAUAGUAAUAUACUGUUUGGUUUUGGCGUGAACCUGGUGCCCAGCGUACUGUUCCUGAUAAUGGCCUUGUUCAUAUUUAGAUACCGCGAAAUUUGA